AUGACCCCAGAGGAGGAGCGGGAACAGGAUGAGUGGGAGGGUGUUCUAAAUUAUCCAUUAGCCCAGGCCCGCCGGUGGCCCGUGCAUAAAUGUAUAGAGAAAAUAGGUGGGGGCAAAGGGAGAGAGAGAAGAGGCCAGGGUAUAAAAAGGGCCCACAAGGGACCAAUUCCAGGACCCCAGGACCCAGCUCCCCAGACAGCUCAGGGUCCUGUGGACAGCUCACCAGCUGUGAUGGCUGCAGGCCCUCGGACCUCCAUGCUCCUGGCUUUCGCCCUGCUCUGGCUGCCCUGGACUCAGGAGGUGGGCGCCUUCCCAGCCAUGCCCUUGUCCAGCCUGUUUGCCAACGCUGUGCUCCGGGCCCAGCACCUGCACCAACUGGCGGCUGACACCUACAAAGAGUUUGAGCGCGCCUACAUCCCGGAGGGGCAGAGAUACUCCAUCCAGAACACCCAGGCUGCCUUCUGCUUCUCGGAGACCAUCCCGGCCCCCACAGGCAAGGACGAGGCCCAGCAGAGAUCGGACGUGGAGCUGCUCCGCUUCUCGCUGCUGCUCAUCCAGUCGUGGCUCGGGCCCGUGCAAUUCCUCAGCAGGGUCUUCACCAACAGCCUGGUGUUUGGCACCUCGGACCGCGUCUAUGAGAAGCUGAAGGACCUGGAGGAGGGCAUCCAGGCCCUGAUGCGGGAGCUGGAAGAUGGCAGCCCCCGGGCUGGGCAGAUCCUCAAGCAGACCUACGACAAAUUUGACACAAACAUGCGCAGUGAUGACGCGCUGCUCAAGAACUACGGGCUGCUCUCCUGCUUCAAGAAGGACCUGCACAAGGCUGAGACGUACCUGCGGGUCAUGAAGUGUCGCCGCUUCGUGGAGAGCAGCUGUGCCUUCUAG